AUUGGUCCAUGGCUGUGCUUGUCCCUGUGCCUGCCUGCAGCACAAGCCCAGGUGACAAGCUCACCUGUGACCUGGAGGCAUCUAACAUUAGUUACAUAUGGUAUUGGUGAGGUGCUAAAGGCAGUGGGGAACAGCCUGGAUCACUUUGUUCCCUCCAAACACCCACUCGAAACUGUCUGUGGGUGAAAUCAAGGUUGGGGCAACAACCUCAUGGCAGAUCGACCCCUGAUGCAUGGGAACAGCCUCUGGAUCAGGAGAAGAAGUUGAUGGGCUGGACAAAAAGGUGAACCUAGGGCAGAAAUUAAAAAGUGGACUGCAAAUGUGAGGCAAAAGCAUCGUCGCUAGUAGGAUGGCUGAUGUAACCCUCAUGUCCCUCUUGCCUUCACCUGAGGGAAGCAGGUUCAGCAAGGAGACAUCAUCCCUGCUCCUUUGCUCUCUUCACCUGGAUGUCAGAACCCCAGGAUCUCUCCUGGCCUCCUCCUCACUACUCAUAACCACCCAUGAGAAGAGUGUGCCUGCAGAUGACUCCUGACCUGUGCACCCCUUUCUGCUGGUACAGCGUGCCUCUUCCCCUUCAGCAAGACAUGUCGCAGUGGACUGCUUGGGUCUUCUGCUCCUUCUCCUUCAGGGAGUGAAGCAUGUGGGCUGAAGGACCUUUUGAAGGUUCAAAGUGUCCUAGUGAAUUCAUCCACCUGGAAAAGGGAGACAGAGAGGCAGAAGCCAUGAUAAGGGCUGUGGGUUGGGAACGUGGGUCCAUGGCAUGGAAGACCGACUGGUGAUGUCAUGGGGGAUGCUGUAUGUCCAGGGUGAGGGUAAGAGUAGUGCUAUGGAGGAGGGGCAACCACAUACAGGCUUAAUCCCUGCGAUCCUAUAAGGCGGCCAAGGUUACAUUUUCUCUCUCCCUUCCUAUCCCCUGCUUUCUGUUGGAAAUUACUUAUGCAGAGCCAAAAAAUUGUCCCCUAAGUUCUGCUUCUGCUGCUGCCUCCAGCCCUCUUUCUACAAGGUGAACUAAAAUGCCCCUGCAGCAAGUGGACUCGGGGGAGGAAGUUUUUCUAAGGGGGCUGGCUGGGCAUCGAGCUGCUGGUGGAAGGUGAUGAGUGAACGCUUUUGCAUCACUAUUUUUCUCCCUCUUUCCUUCACUCGUUAAACUGUCUUUAUGUUGACCCACAAAGGUUUUUUUCUGACUUUUAGUUUUCCAGUUCUCUCCCCCAUACUGCUAUAGAGGCAGUGGGUGAGUGGCUGGUGGGUGCUUAGCUGCUGGCUGCAGUAGACCCACCACAAUCCACAGAAUGGAAAACCAGUAGAAAACCAGUAUGUCCUCUCUUCUGUAGCAUCUCCCCUUGCAGCUUUUGGGUGACCCUCCAGCCCUACAGUCCAAGAUGCUCUGCAGUGACCUAUGGGCCAGGGAAGUGGAGACAGCUUGGCUGCAGGAACAGACAGCAGGAGGAAUUGCAAAACCGAGCUACUUCCUCUGCCUCUAAUCUCCUUGCCCGGUCCCUGCUGAGGCUUCUCCCACAAAUGUUAAAGCCGUCUCUCAGCUCUCCAGAAGGGCCAUCCCCAUUUUUCCUGGCAAGCCAGAAAGAAAGGAUCCCUCAUCUACACCACAAACAACUAGCUGAGCCAUGCAGGUCCCUGCCCUACUCCUGCUCAUCCUCCCGGCCCUGCUGCCCCCAGCUGGCACUACCGACCCAAGCCAGCCCUGCCCGUCGGAGAUGAACAGCGUCAAGGACCUCCUGGAGGUGAACUGCACAGGGCAGGGUCUCAGUACGGUGCCCGCAGGCCUACCUAUGGACACGGGCAUCCUGCUGCUCAAUGCCAACCACCUGGUGUCCCUCUCCACCACCGCCUUCCAGCACCUCACCAAGCUGCAGGACCUCGAUCUGUCCAACAACGGUCUGGUGUCUCUGCACACCGGGCCCCUGCUGUGGAGCCUGAAGGAGCUGAUCCUCUCCAACAAUGAGCUGGGGGCCCUGCCUGCCCUGCGGGGCCUGCCUGCACUCACCCACCUGGCUGUGGCCCACAACAGCCUGGUGACACUGGCCCCAGGGUCUUUCAGUGCCGUGCCACAGCUGAAGGACCUGGACCUGCGAGGGAACCAGCUGCGGACGCUGCCCCAGGAGGUCUUUGCGGGGCUGACGGCCCUCGAGGACUUGGACAUCUCAGACAACCAGCUGGAGGAGCUCCCCAAGGAGCUGCUGCAGGAUCUGCAAGAGCUGCAGACCCUCUGGCUCUCAGGCAACCGGCUGCAGACUCUGCCCACUGGCUUCUUCCCCAAGGGGCACUUCUUCAUGUAUGUCUUCCUCACUGAGAACCUCUGGCACUGUGAUUGCAAGCUACGCUACCUGCAAGCCUGGAUCCGGCAGAACAGUGGCAGUGUCUAUCAGCCGGAGCGGGGCCUGGAGAAGACAAAGGUUGAGGUUGCCCCCAAGAAGGUGCUGUGCCACAGCCCCCCCGAGCAUCGGUGGAAGCCUGUCAUCGACUUCAAGCCCAGCUGCAGCGACGUGGGGGAUGUGGAUGAGGAGGAAGAGGAUGAAUAUGGUGAUGAGGAAGAAACAAUGGAGAAAGCUACCAUGGUCACCUUCUCCCCCCCACAUCCAUCUAUCACCAAAGAACACACUACCAUGCCUCAUGCUGUUACCUGGCCUCCCCUCACUACCAGAAGGCCUCCCCUCAGCACCCCUUCUAGCUCCACCCUUGCCCCAAGCACUUCACUUGCGAUGCCUGCAAGCACCAGAGCUCCCAGCACCACCAUUCCUGCGCCAGCCAGUCCCACCGCCACACCCACACAGACCCCCAGCACUGCUGCCGUUCUCACUGAAGCCCCCGCCAGCACCCCGCACACAACCACCACCCUUGUCUCUGCUACCUCACUGCCAACCACUGUGAGCACCAGACCUCUCAGCACCAGCAGCCAUCCCCAAACCACCCUCACCGCCAGCACUACCAACACCUGUGCCACUCCCAUAGUGUCCACUGGCAUGUUUUUCACCACCUCCACGGCAGUGCCUUCUGCUGCCACACUAGAGGCCUCUUCCACUGUCAGAUCUUCAUCUCCUCCUCUGACGUCAACCACGCCGGUGGUCUCUACCACCAUGCUUUCCACUCAUGCCCCAACACCGCCAGCUCCCCUGGACACCACACGCUUCACUCAGCCUGCACCUCUCCCCCUCUGCCCGUGCUCCAUCCCAGGACCGGCCGUACCUGUGCUGCGCUCGCGGGUAGGUGGGGAGGGUCCGCAGUGGGGGCAGUGGGUGCUGAGGCACUGCUGCCUAUUGCACUGGGUGCUCUACCUGGCCUCCUUGGCUCUGCUGGUCCUGACCGUGCUGGGUCUGGCAGGCUGGCUGGCGUGGAUGUGUCUGGUGCGACGGCCCUUCUGGCACAAGUCCCUGCAGACCCAAGAGGUGCAGUAUCCACUGAUGAGGUGGAGGGAGUCAACAGGAAGCCCUGUGAUGCAUCUCAAAAGCCCCCUCCGGCGCCCCACGUUCUGUACCAUCAAGGAAGUAGAGUUGUGCCCUGAGGUCACUUACUGCACGAUUAAAGACCUGGGAAUGCAACACAGUCCUCCUGCAAGUUCCUCCUUCUGCACCACAAAGGAGCUGUGGGUCCACCAUAGUCCUCCGAAUGUUUCAUUCAAGUCUUUCUCCAGGAAACUGAAGGUCACAGACCUCAGCUCCCUGAGGUCCCCUUCUGCUUACAGCCUGGACAGGGGUGUCAAGGCCAUCGGUGAUGUCAGAGUGAAAUACGCUGGCAACACCUUGUAAAUGCUUCUGUAUUUUCAAAGAGAUGGAGGGUCAUGGCUCUGCUUCACGUACCCUUGUUUUACAAGGGAAAGAUCUGCUUGCCAAGGGGGAAGCCAUCCAGCUCCUUCCUCUAGUAUUCUCUCACACCCCCUGAGGUUUCUAGAUCUGCAAUAAUUACUUCCAUACUCGGCAGGGGGAGAAGAUGUCCUAAACUAGGCAAGUGACAGUUUGGGGCUGCUGCUGCCUGGUUUUGGGGUGAAUGUGGGAAAUCAGAGCUUACUUUGUACUCUAUGUCCCACCUGCUUCUGUUUGAAUGAUGUACAUAAAGUUACGCUAUUCUUUCAACUCAGUGCCAGGUUGUUAAUCACAGAAUAAAUAUUCUCUUUGCCUGAA